GUAUGAAUUACUAUUUAUUUGCCACAUUUAGGAAAGUAAGGUUACAUUUCGUUAUUUUCAAUACAAAUAUAUUGACUUUCAUUCAAGGAAAACUUUAUGAUAUAGACUUUUUGUAAAGAACCUUCCUUAAUCUGCUUACAUUUGGAAUGUUACCCUUGAGUAAGUUUGGACAAGUUCGUUACAUUAGUUACAAUUCCAUAAGGACUUGGUAUGCCAACCUGGUGAAACCAAAGCCUAAAGAACCACCUUAUGAGCAUGUAGUUCAAAUUGGUGACCCAUUAUUACGAACUGUCUCUGAAGUAGUUCCUCCAGAUUUGAUAAAAUCCAAAGAGAUACAGUUCCUUAUCAAACGCCUAAAAUACACCUUCGAUAAAUAUAAUUGUGUUGGACUUUCUGCUCCACAAAUAGGAUUGUCAUUCCAAAUAUUCAUUGCCGAGUUCAGUAAAAAGCAUGCCAAAUCAUAUAGUGAAAAGGAGUUCAGAAAUAAAGAAAUGACUAUUCAACCACAGCAAGUCAUUAUCAAUCCCGAAAUUAAAAUUUUGGAUUAUUCAAAAGUGGUGUUUCCUGAAUCAUGUGAGAGCGUAAAAGGCUACUAUGCUGAAGUACCUAGAUACCAAGCUAUAGAACUGAAAGGUAGAGACGAGAAUGGGGCGGAAAUAUCCUUCAAAGCUCACGGAUGGUGGGCCAGAAUUAUACAGCAUGAACUGGAUCACUUGAACGGACGUCUGUAUACGGAUAUCAUGAAAGCAAAAACUUUAACGUGUUGUUGCUGGGAUGCUGUCAAUGAAAGAGGAGGGAAAGUAAUUUUAUCUUUCAAUGCUGAUUAGCAUUCACUAUAUUUUAUGAAAUAAUUGAAAAAAACUAUGUUCUGAUUCAAUAAUAACAUAGUUUAUUUAAGACUAGGAACUAGAUGUGUAAUAAAAGACUGUGAUUCUU